CAGAGCACGUCUGCCACAUCAAAUGGCUGCAUUUAUCUUCCAGUCACGAAUCUCCAUACCACAGCAGUAGCACUACAUCCUACCAAUACCAUGCACGAAUCUACACUGACAUUCGCCUGCGAUGCUGUCUUACCCUCUGCCUCUGCAACAGCUGGCAAGAAACCCCAGUCCCACCAGUGAGUCGAGAACAUGAAUCAAAACAUGUAUCCAAUCGCGGGAGGGCAGAUCUGUCUUUAUUUGUACCACAAUGCCUUGAUGCGGGGCCGGAGGGGAAGAACUGCUCUGGCGAUGGUCAUCCGCCCGAACAUCCAGCUUCAGGAUCAAACGUGACUUGAUCCACCACUAUCAUUGGAGAUAAGGUCCAGAGACAUCCCCAAGAAGACAGGAAAGGGGCCGGCAAGGUAAGGUACUGUCCACAGGGAGCACGGCAAUGCUGCAGUCGGCACGAGCGAAACUGAA